AUGAACCGUUAUCGAAAUGCUCCCGGGCUUAGAGGCCCUACCAAGGCAACCCCCAGCACCUUGUGUCAAAAAUGCUUGAAACGAGAUACUUAUGAAUGUACCGUGACCGCCCAGGAGCGGCCGUACAUGUCUCGACCCUCGCGCACGCAGCAGUUGCAGAACCCGAAACUGCGGCCGCAACUUUCGGCCGACGUCCCCAGUGACUCUUCGCGCACGAAAGGACUAGCCACUGAAAUCCUCGCCAAGCGCGAAGAAGAACGUGGUCGCAAACGAGAAUUCGAAGAGGCAGACCCUCUGGACAAUCGCUCGCAGAUGUCCAAACGAGCUCGGUCAGCAUCCUCCGAUUCCGCCAGCUCUGUAGCGACGAUAUCGACCACUCGGUCCCGCUCAAGAUCCCCCCCUGGCCGUGGAGACUAUGGCGCACGGAAUAGCCAUGAUCGAACGAGAUCCGUCUCCUCACAUCCUCCUGGACAGAGAAAGAGACGCUAUAGCGAUGCCUCUUCCCACAAUUCGGCGGUUUCUUAUUCAUCCGGGGAGAGAGGAACCCGUUCUCGAUCGCGCGAGUGGCAGGGGGACAGAAACACCCGGCGGAGACGUCGAGAAUCCAGUCCCGAGGAACGAGGUCGGCCGCGACACCUGUCGCGGGAUCGUGAACGGCGGGAUCGAUCUCGGAGUCGAAGUGUGGAUCAAAGUCGAGUCGCACGGGCGAGACGAUCAGUGACUCCGGAGAGGCUGCCUGAGAGUAACUAUCCGGGUCCAAAGGAUCCCUCGCGGAGCCAUGCCAGCAAUUUGGGCGAGGAUAGACGCGGCCAAGGACGUCCGCCGGCGCGACGGGAACGGAGUCUCAGUCCCUAUAGCAAGCGUCUUGCGUUGACGCAGGCCAUGAAUCUGGGCAAUUAG